AUGCCCAAGAUGUCCUGGCACAUGUUUUUGUAUUCGCUGCUGCUCCUUCUCUGCGUGCUGUUGGUGUGCUGCGGCGGUACGGCUGUGCACGCCGAGGAGGGAAAUACGCCAAAGGAAGCGCAAACACCAGAGGUUGUUGAUCUUUUCGUGCUGCACCGAACGAUUGUGGAAACACAAGGCCAAAGUCAAACGAGGGAAUCUUUUCUCUUCCCUUCCCUCGCCAAUGUUCGCGGAGUUUUGGUUACGCUGCCAAGAGCCGGGCCAGGCCCGUAUACCCCGAUAAGGGAAUUACUACUGUGGUUUAUGCUGAUAUUGUGGCGGGGUACGUUGACCCUGCGGAGAGCUGGUCGUCUUUUGUCGCUAAGGUCCGUGCAAACAAAUGGAAGGCGUACAACAUCUUUAACACGACCACGCAGGAGGAGCAUAACGACCGUGUGA